AUGUUCAGCCAGGGCGGUGCCAGUUCCUUGGGUCAGCAGGGACAGGGCAAUAAGCGACAACGCACAGCAGCCAUGUAUCACCGCAAGCGUGCCGUGACAGCCUGCCAAUCUUGCCGAUUGAGAAAGACCAAAUGUGACAAUGUCCGGCCAGUCUGUGGGUUCUGCUCCAGGAGCGGUGCUCAGUGCGUCUAUCCUGGCUCUGGCCCUGAUAGUGAUUACUCAAGCUAUGAUCCUGCUAGUUUGACUAUCCUGGAUCGACUCAACCAUGUUGUGUCUCUUCUUGAGUCUCGACCUCUAGCAGUACUUGUAAAUGAUUCAGAGUCAUACGACUCACCGCAAGGAGCAUCUAAUUUAUCAGCAGGGCAUGCUAGUAUCACUCAGCCAUUGCGUGUUGCUCCAAUCCACGCAUCGAGAGACUUGACGACUCUUGUCCCUGAAUAUGACGUACUGCAGGUCCUUGAACGCCCUGACUUUCCUUCAGCAUCAAACAAUUGUGAGAGUAUUAUGAGGUGGCCGAUCUUUCAAGGCCUCGUGCCUGAUACCCACUCUUUCGUCCUGGAGCUAAACGAAGAUGUUGAAGCGAGGUCCAGCGAUACCCGGGGCGCCUCAGGUGGAAGAGGAGUCCAGGAGGAGGAUUUUGUUCCUCUUUCAAAACGGUUCCUUGCUUACGUGCAUGUGAAGAAUCCGAUUUUGGAUGUUAAGGAUUAUAAGAAGAAGGUCAGAGAAGCAGCCGAAAAUGGACCAAGAUGGAAUGGCGAGUCUUGCCUUGUAUCAGAAGAAGUCGAGCCAGGCAACCACGCAGGAAACUCGCCGCCUUGA